AAACUAUGUCUCCUCACUGCUGAGAGUGACGGAGGAGUUGAAGGAGAAAACAGAGGUCAGAAUAAGGACGAGGAAGACAGUGAAUCAACGCUAACAAGAGUAAAGGAUUCACUGAACGACAUCAUCGUCUUCUGUCAUCAAAGUUGUCAGAACCUUGACCAGCCACAGAGAGAGUCUCUCUGGUUUCCACUUCUGGACUCCAUGAUGGCUUCUCAGAAACAAGUGAAAGGCCACAAUGCCAAACACAUCUCUGACGUGCUAAAGGAGCUGACGAUGGAGGUUCUCAACUGUAUGAGCAGCUUUAUUUCUUUGCCUGCCAUAAUUCAGCAAAUAUUGCAGGACCCCGUCUAUGGCAGAGGGAAGUUAGCAGAGAUUCAAGGCCUCAUUCUGGGGAUGCUGGACACUUUUAACUAUGAGCAGACAUUACUCGAAACAACCACCAGUCUGUUGAACCACGACCUCCACUGGUCCCUGGCUCACCUACGUGCUGCCGUCACACGAGGACUCCACCCACGUCAAGACUACUGUAACAUCUGCCUCCAGCACUACAAGAGGAGGCAAGAUUCAGCAGAGGAGAUCAUUGUGUUCAGCUGUGGCCACCUGUACCACUUUCAGUGCCUGCAGCAGAAGAACUGUGGGUGGGGAUCUGCUGCAGAGGUCCAGCAGCGGUGGAGGUGCUACAAGUGUUCCUCCAGUCAGGGAGGAAGGAGUGGAAUUUCCUCUGAACCAAAGAGAAGCCGCAGCACAUCUCUUGCUCAGACUCAUCUUACAUCAGUGCAUCAUGACGGAGGAGCGGUGGCUCACAGGAAGAAGGUGUUUGUUGAGGCAACGUUGGACCUUCAGCAGGAGCAGUCCUGGGAUCAGAUACGUUCUUUAUACCAAGGACCAUCCAGGUUGUCUAUCCUUUCAGAGCUCUCCCACGGUCACAGCCAUGGGAAAACUGGCUUUCUAAACACAGCACUAUCAGGAGCAGAGAGUUUCCAGCUAAAACUCUCUCCUCCCCCUCUUUUUGAAGAAUAGCACCAUGACCCGUUGAGGGGGGAAAAAAAUGUAUUUCAUUUGUCCUGAUGUCUUUGUAUGAUUGGUUAACGGCAGAAUCUACUUGAGUGGAAAUUGUAGUUGUCCACUGCUUUUUUUAUAGUGUAUGAUCUGAUGUUGUAUUACUUUCCAAAUGUUUGUUUUAAAAAGCUGUUUAAUAUAGAUAAUAUUGACUCUGAUAAUUCUAAUCAGUGCACUUUUAAUUUCAUCAGUUGUUGAUGUACUACAGCUCGCUGAACCUUUGUAACAUAACCAAGAAUCACCUAACAGAACUGCAAAGAAUGUCAACGCCUUAUUUUGCUUUAACAUUCAGGAUUGUUUAUUUACCUGGAGGUACAAGAUGCAUCUCACACUACAGCCAGACUGGCUGUUGAGAUUCUGAACUCAACAAAUUCAAUCAUUUUAAUAAGGAACACUCAGUGGAGGCCUGUUUUGCACUAAGAGGGAGUUUCGUUUUAUUUUUAAAGAACAGGACAGGUAAUUUACCUUGAUGAUGGUUAGUCUAUAUUAUCUAGUUUUAUGGGUUACUGGAUUCUUAAAAGUAACCUGCUUUAAACUCUGAGUUUUGAGACUUUUCAGACAGAAAACUGGAAGAAAUCAAAAUCCAGUUUAUUAGAUGGUUAUCACUGAACCCAUUUUUUGUUGUUUAAAUUUCACCUUUUUCAUGAAAUCCAGAUUUAGUGAGUUUACUGUUUGAACGAGCUACAAAGGAGGAUUUUUGACGUUGUGCUCUAAAUAUUUGGUGACUCCGCUAAAUAAAUCAACAGACAUGCUGUAUUAACCUUA